GCCGCAAAGUAACAUGGCGGCCGCCAGUGGCUGCCUCUUCUCCUGCGCCCGCCUGAUGCUGCCCCGGCUUUGCGGGGCGCUGGCCGCAGGGCCCAGGUCGCUCCUCGGGGUAUCGGCUUAUUCCACCGCCCUGGUUGUGGGGAGCGGGGGGCCCAGCCAGAGCAAAGAUGCAGCAUUGAGAAGAAGCAGGACAUCACAAAUUGCAAGAAAAAAAAGAGUGCCUGAAGCUCCUAGAACUGAAAAGAUGGCUGUUGAUCAGGACUGGAGCAAUGUUUAUCCAACUGCAGCAGCAUUUAAUCCUUCUUCAGUGCCUCUUCCCAUCAGAAUGGGCUAUCCUGUAAAGAGAGGAGUACCUCCACCGAAAGAAGGCAAUUUAGAGCUUAUAAAGAUCCCCAACUUUUUGCAUCUGACUCCCCCAGCAAUUAAGAAACACUGUACAGCUCUUAAAGAUUUCUGCACUGAGUGGCCAACUGUAUUGGACAGUGAUGAGAAAUGUGAGCAGCAUUUUCCUAUUGAAAUUGAGACAGUAGAUUAUGUUUCAGCAGGGCCAUCUGUUCGUAAUCCCAAAGCAAGAGUGGUGACUUUAAGAGUUAAGCUUUCCAAAUUGAACUUGGAUGACCAUGCAAAGAAGAAGCUCGUUAAACUUGUAGGAGAGCGGUACUGCAAGGACACAGAUAUGCUUACCAUUACAACAGACAGGUGUCCAUUAAGGAGACAGAACUAUGACUAUGGAAUCUACCUCCUCACAGUUUUGUACCAUGAAUCGUGGAAAACUGAAAUGUGGGAAAACGAGAAGACUGAAGCAGACAUGGAGGAGUAUAUCUGGGAUAACAGCCCCUCUCAGAAGAAUGCUUUGGACACGCUUCUUCGAAUAAGAGCUGCAGAGAAAACCACUGAAGUAACUAGGGAAGAGCUGCUUGCCUCUGAGAUAGUUGAGAAUUACAAAACCGCUGUAGUUGUACUUAAAAAUGAAGGGGAAACAGAAAACAACAUUUUGCAGUACAAGGAAUCUGUGACGAAACUACUGAAUUUACAAGCAUUACAGUGAAAAUUGACAUUCCACGCACAUCUCUGAUCUUAUGUCAAUAUACAAAGAUAAUGUAUGACAAUAUUACUUUGUAGGAAAUUGUGAAUGCAGUUAUUCAGGUUUUUCUGGACCUUCAACAAAACAAGUUUUCCUUAGAAAAUUAAUAAAAAUUUAAAAUUUCAAAAACCUUGAAUGGAAUUUAGAGUGAAUAGAGAUUCAAAAAGGGUCAGCAACAAACAUUUUGUUUCCUCUUCUGCCAAUAUCCUCCUUUUCCUCUAUCAAUACAAUUUGUAUCAAGUCUUUUCUGGGAAGCCUUCUGAGUAUUUAUGGGCUUAAGCACUCUGUUCUGCUGUUCUAGCCUGGGAUUUAGGAGGCCCUGAUCAAAUUCCUUGCUCUACCACCGACUUCUAUGUAUCCUUGGGUAAAUCACAUAAGGUAAGAUUUUCAAAAGCACCUCCUAAGUUCCACUGAAUUUCAAUGAGGCUUAGGAUCCGGAGUGCCUAAGUCAUUUCUGCAAAUGGGGCACACAGGAUAUGUC